CCGGCGCCGGCCGAGAAAUGCCGCUACCCGGAGCGCCGCCGAACCGCGGGCGGAGUAGCAGCAGUCCCCGCCGCCGCCGCCGCCGCCCCCUGCUCUGAGCGCUGAUCCGGGACCGGCCGCGGCGCCUCCGCGCCUCCAAGAUGCGCGGCCGCGCAGGACGAAGCCUGGAGCUGUGCCUGGUCCUGCUGGGUUUGGCCAUCCCAGCCUCCGAGGGCUGCCCCGUCGACUGUGUCUGCUACCCGUCGCCCAUGACGGUCAGCUGCCAGUCGCACCGCUUCCUGACCAUUCCGGAGGGGAUCCCGGCGGACAGCGAGCGCAUCUUCCUGCAGAACAACCAGAUCUCGCUGCUGCUGCGGGGCCACUUCAGCCCCUCCACCGUCACCCUCUGGGUCUACUCCAACAACCUCACCUUCGUCGAUCCCCUGGCCUUCCGUGGUUUCGCCCGCCUGGAGGAGCUGGACCUGGGCGACAACCGGCACCUGCGGGAGCUGGCGGCCGACACCUUCCAGGGGCUGGCCCACCUCCAUGCGCUGCACCUGUACAAGUGCGGCCUGAGCUCCCUGCCCGACGGGCUCUUCCGGGGCCUGCACAGCCUGCAGUACCUCUACCUGCAGGACAACCAGCUGGACUACCUGCAGGAGGACCUCUUUGUGGAUCUGGCCAACCUGAGCCACCUCUUCCUGCACGGCAACCGGCUCCGGAGCCUCCAGCCGGCCUCCUUCCGGGGCCUGGUCGGCCUGGACCGGCUGCUGCUGCACCAGAACCGUCUGCAGAGCGUCCACCGGCUGGCCUUCCACGACCUGCGCCAGCUGACCCUGCUCUUCCUCUUCAACAACAGCCUCUCGGAGCUGCCGGGCGAGGCCCUGGCGCCCCUGGCCGCCCUGGAGUACCUGCGCCUCAACGGGAACCCCUGGAGCUGCGGCUGCCGGGCCCGCUCGCUCUGGGACUGGCUGCGCCGCUUCCGGGGCUCCAGCUCCUCCGUCCUCUGCGAGGGCCCCCAGCCCCUCCACGGCCGGGACCUGAAGGCGCUGCCGGCCGACACCUUCCGGGGCUGCUCGGCCUCGGAGUCCCUGCACCAGACCCACGGGCCCCGGCUGCCCCCCAGGGACCACCCGCCCCUCCUCUCUCCCACAGAAGGGGGCCAUGGCAUCCAGUCUGGGCAGCGCCCCGGGCCCCGGAAGAGCCUCAAGAACUGCACCAAGAGCCGCAACCGGAGCAGCGGGCCAGCCUCCCUGGGCCCCUGGAAGAGCGCCGAGGAGGGGCAGGACUUCAAGCACAAGCCCAACCUGGGCCUGCUGCCCAAGCCGAAGGGCAAGUGCCACCGGCCCCCUGUGCUGCCCCCCAGCGGGGUCCAGCAGGCUGCGGGAGGGGGUCGGAGCUCUGGGGGCCGGGCUGUGCUGACCCUCCCGGGUGCCAUUCUGCUCUGGACCCUGGCCUGGGUGGUGAUCUUCUGCUGACCUGGCCUACCUGGAGCCACGCUGACCCUCCGCUCUUGAGCACCGGGACGCCCUCUUUUCCCCUCCAGGGAGGGCUUGCCGUGUGGGGCGGGCCCUGCCACUGGGCCUCCCCCCAGCCCUGCCGGCUAACAUCCGUGGCUAACCAAGCGUGGGAUUGCUGGGUUGGGACUGCCCUGCGCCCUGGCUGCGAAUGGCGUGGGUGAUUAGGAGUCCUGCCAGGCCCCACCAGGUGCCCCAGAAAGGCAAGGACAUCCCUGCCCAUCCCCAGCCGGGCCUGGAGGGGCUCUUCCUGAGCUGGCUCUGCCCCUUCCUGGCUUGUCCAUUUUUGGCCUGGAGACCCCAGAGAAGAGCGCAGCUGCAGCUGCCCCAGCCUCCCCCCUUGACCAGCCGGAAGGACGCCAGCUGCUGUUUCAACGUCAGCAGGCCGGGGCUUCCAAUGGGCGGGAGGACCCCCAUCUCCCCCUUUGCUCAGGAUACAUCUUCACCCCUGGCAGGAAAGACCAGCUGCCAGCCAGGCCCUCCGGGCCCACAGAAAGCCGGGCGGGCUGGUUGGGUAGAGGGGGAAUCUCGAAAAACUUCCGGACUGAAGGUUGUGUCCGUUCUUUUGUAACCUCUGUGUUCACGCAUAAAGUAAAACCGUGCACAGGUCCCCGUC